AUGCGCCUCCUCCACCUCCACCUCCCGCCGUCUCUCCUCCUCACCACCAUCCUCUUCCUCCUCCUCCACCCCCUCCUCACCACCGCCAAAUUCAGCCCCCUCUGCAUCCGCGUCCUCACCACAUUAACAGGCCGCCCCAACGACAUCUUCACCAAAUUCCAGCGUGAAGUCUGCGACAAGGGAUGCCAACCUACCGUACCGCACUGGGAUCUAUGGACGCGCAACAAUACCUUCCUGCCCGCGGUGCGCAGUCUCAUGGAACAUGUUGAUAACCCGCGGCAGGAGGAGGCGAUGGUGCGGCUGGGCGAUGAUGUAGCAGAUGUGAUCAAGCGACAGUGCGGGCCAUUGUUGCAGGGCAGGGAUAUUUGCUCUGAUGAUGAGACGUUGGCGGCGUUUGGGACGUGCUUUAAGAAGGGGUUUGUGCGGGCGGCGCUGAGUAAUUUGCCGACGUUGUUGCCGUUGGCGAGGGAGGAGGUGUGUCGCGAGCAGUUGGAGUGGUUGAAGAAGGAUGAGUUGUGGGAGGUGAUUAUUCCGGGGAAGAUGAGGGAGUAUGCGGGUGUUUGUAGGAGGUUGGGUGGGGGGUUUGGGGGGAUGGGGGUGGUGGGGGUGGAGGAGUUGUUGGGGGUGUAG